AAAAUAUUCACAAACAUCCGUAAGGUGCAUUAAACUGCAUGUUUUAGAAACAUCGUUUCUUGUUUACCACAAACGACCCGGUGCUCGGGAUGUCUAUCCGCAUCGAUGCACGGCACGUUGUGCUUAAGAGGUGACUAUUUAGCGAGAGCGCGGAAGGCUCGAGCGAUGUGCCGGAUCUUCUUUCAGUGUGUGUUGGGUGAAUGGAGGCGCAGCUCUUCCUGGUGAACAAACACUGACAACUAUAGGGCAGCCCAGCGAUACCCGCUUCCCAGAACGGCCACACACACCUUCUCCUUCACCCCCAAAACAACCCUAAACAUGGCUGCUGAGCGUAAACACGUCGCGCAGUUGAAAUCCGAACUGUACUUCCUAAUAGCCCGAUUUUUAGAAGCUGGACCUUGUCAGGACGCGGCAGAGACCUUGAUACGGGAGGUUCAGGAGAAGGAGCUGUUACCCAAAAGGAUUGACUGGACUGGCAAAGAACACCCAGGGAGUUACGAAAAUUUGGUCAAAUUGUACCGGCACAUUUCUUCAGAUCACCUGUUGCAGGUGUGUGAGCGAGUGAGCCCUCUUUUAGAGAGGGAAGUGCCAGCCAGCGUACCCGGAGUCAACUCACUGCUGGGAGCCGGACGACAGUCAGUGCUGCGUACAAACAAGAGUUGUAAGCACGUGGUAUGGAAGGGGUCCGCCCUCGCAGCCCUGCACUGUGGCAGGCCACCGGAGCCGCCAGUCAUCUAUGGAAGCCCGCCCAAUAUUGUGGAAACGGUAUACAGUCGGAGACUGAAUGGCUCGUAUCGGUUGGGUCAGCUGGUCCCUACAGCCGUUUACCAACAUAUGAAGAUGCACAAGAGAAUUCUGGGCCACCUGUCAUCUGUGUACUGUGUCACCUUCGACCGCACCGGGCGCCGCAUCUUCACAGGUUCAGACGACUGUCUGGUGAAGAUCUGGGCGACGGAUAACGGGCGUUUGCUGGCGACACUGAGAGGUCAUGCGGCAGAGAUUUCAGACAUGGCUGUGAAUUAUGAGAACACCCUGCUGGCAGCCGGCAGCUGUGAUAAAAUGAUCAGAGUGUGGUGCCUGCAGACCUGCGCCCCGCUGGCGGUACUGGAGGGCCACGCUGCAUCCAUCACGUCAUUACAGUUUUCUCCUCUGUGCAGUGGCAAUAAGAGGUUCCUGUCCUCGACUGGAGCUGACGGCACCAUCUGUUUCUGGCAGUGGGAUGCACGCACGCUCAAAUUUGGGCAGCGACCCAGCAAAUUCAUCGAGCGUCCCAGACCAGGCGUGCAGAUGAUCUGUUCCUCUUUUAGUGCAGGUGGGAUGUUCCUCGCGACAGGCAGCACUGAUCACAUCAUUAGGGUUUAUUACUUUGGAGGUGGACAACCAGAGAAGAUAUCUGAGCUGGAGUCUCACACUGAUAAAGUCGACAGCAUCCAGUUCUCCCAUAGUGGAGAUAGGUUUGUGAGCGGCAGUAGAGAUGGCACAGCACGGAUAUGGCAGCUGCAGCAGCAAGACUGGCGGAGCAUUCUCCUGGACAUGGCCACCAAAUUACCUGGCAAGUACAACCCUCCACCUUUAGAGGACAAAGUUACCAAACUGAAGGUGACGAUGGUGGCCUGGGAUUGCAAUGACAACACAGUCAUCACCGCUGCGAACAACUUGACAUUGAAAGUGUGGAACUCUUACACAGGGAACCUUAUUCAUGUAUUGAUGGGCCAUGAGGAUGAGGUGUUUGUGUUGGAGCCACAUCCAUUUGAUUCAAGAGUGCUUUUCUCUGCUGGUCACGACGGGAACGCCAUCGUCUGGGAUCUGGCAAGAGGAGUCAAAAUACGCUCUUACUUCAAUAUGAUCGAGGGGCAGGGCCACGGUGCGGUCUUUGACUGUAAGUGUUCUCCAGAUGGGCAGCACUUUGCUUGCACUGACUCUCACGGUCACCUGCUCAUCUUCGGCUUUGGGUCUAGCAGCAGAUAUGAUAAGAUAGCAGAUCAGAUGUUCUUCCAUACUGAUUAUCGGCCUCUGAUCCGUGAUGCCCAUAACUUCGUGCUGGACGAACAGACCCAGCAAGCACCCCACCUCAUGCCCCCACCGUUCCUGGUGGACGUGGAUGGGAACCCUCACCCUCCACGAUACCAGAGACUGGUUCCCGGCAGAGAGAACUGCAGAGAGGAACAGCUCAUACCCCAGAUGGGACUCACGUCAUCAGGGCUGAAUCAGGUGGUUAGUCAACAGGCUGCAGAAGGCUCAAGUCCUCUUGAUAGUAUGAUCCAGAGACUACAACAAGAGCAGGACCAGAGGCUGGGGUCUGACACCAGAUCCAACAGAGGAUCUGUCAGUUCUCCCACAGAAGUCUCUUCUCCACCUAACGUGGGUCUGAGACGGAGUGGACAGAUCGAAGGUGUUCGACAGAUGCACAGUAACGCUCCACGCAGUGAGAUCGCUACAGAGAGAGACCUGGUGGCAUGGAGUCGACGGGUCCUCGUUCCUGAACUAUCACCAGCCAUAGCUUGUAAGCAGGAGAACUGGCGUACAGCUAAAGGGGAGGAGGAGAUCAACAUCUACAGAUCAGAGAGGAGGAGACGUAGCUUACACAGCCAGUACCACAGAGAAAACCGGCAUGCUAUAGAAAAUGCUGUGGAGGAAGGGCGCCGUUACCAGGGUAACCAGCAUAACUACCAUACACGAUUGGCCGUGGAGGAAACGAGUCGUCAGAGUGAGCAAAACGAGGAAGAACACAGUGCCUCUGAGGGAGAGACGGAAGCAAGACCUCCGAGCAGAGAAUCAUCAGAUGAAGAGAGAGAGGAAAAAGAACCCUGGCCUGAUGAUAACAGCAGCUCCAGUGAUUACUCCAGCGAUUACUCAGACUGGACAGCGGAUGCUGGCAUAAACCUCGAACCGCCCAAGAAGACCAGCGUGAAGAAAAAGAAGAAGAAUACCAGCAGCUCGGAAGAAGAUGGAGAGAAGAAAAAAGACUCCAAGAAGGAGAGGAGGAAAGAAAAGCAGGACAAAGAUGGAGCUCUACCAAAGAAGAAGAAGCCAAAGGAGAAACGGAAGAGGAUACCUGAACUGCAGAACAAGGGUUUGACAUUAGAGGAAUGGCUGCCCUCGCCCUGGAUCACUGACACCAUGCCACGAAGAUGCCCCUUCACCCCACAGAUGGGCGAUGAGGUAUAUUAUUUCCGUCAAGGCCAUGAAGCUUAUGUGGAGAUGGCCAAAAAAAACAAGAUCUUCAGUAUAAAUCCUAAAAAACAGCCUUGGCACAAGUUAGAGCUUAGGGAGCAGGAGCUGUUGAAGGUAGUGGGCCUCAAAUAUGAGGUCGGUUUGCCAACUCUGUGCUGUCUGAAGCUGGCCUUCCUGGACCCAGACACUGGCAAACUGACGGGCGGCUCCUUCUCUAUGAAAUACCACGACAUGCCUGAUGUCAUCGACUUCCUUGUACUUCGCCAGCAGUUCGAUAAUGCAAGACAGAGGAACUGGAUGAUAGGUGAUCGUUUUCGGUCAGUGAUAGAUGACGCCUGGUGGUUUGGUACGAUUGAGAGUCAGGAGCCUUAUCAGGCUGAAUAUCCGGACUCUCUGUUCCAAUGCUACAACGUCUGCUGGGAUAAUGGAGAUACAGAAAAGAUGAGCCCAUGGGACAUGGAAGAGAUUCCCAAUGAAGCAGUAUUUCCUGACGAGUUAGGCCUGAGUGUGCCUCUAACUGAGGAGGAGCAGAAGGCCUUGUUGUACAAGCCCCUAGAGGGAGAGUGGGGCUCACGCACGCGCGACGAAGAGUGUGAACGCGUCAUCAGGGGCAUCGACCAGCUUUGCACUUUAGAUGUGGCUGUACCAUUUGAAUUGCCAGUGGACUUGCAGGCAUAUCCAACGUACUGCACUGUGGUUGCUUACGUCACAGAUCUGAGCACCAUCCGACAAAGACUAGAGAACCGUUUCUAUAGGCGAAUGUCGUCGUUGAUGUGGGAGGUACGCUACAUCGAACACAAUGCUCAAACCUUCAAUGAACCAGGAGCUUUCAUUGUCAGAACUGCCAAAUUCGUAUCUGACCUCAUGCUACAAUUCAUCAAGGACCAAAGUUGUACAGAUAUUAUUCCACUAUAUAACAGUAUGAAGAAAACCGCUUUCUCAGAUUCAAGUGAUGAUGAAGAUGAGGACGAAGAGCAUGAGGCACCUUGUACGUCUAGCAGAAAUAAGAAGAGGCAGCGGCAGCAGCCCAUGCUGAGGAGUCUGCGCAGUAAACCGUCGUCAGACCCCCAGGCCUGGAAGGGGCGCUGCAGAGAGCUGCUGGAGCUCAUCUUUCAAUGUGAAGAUUCAGAGCCUUUCAGACAACCUGUGGAUCUGGAGGACUAUCCGGACUACUUGGACAUUGUGGACACUCCUAUGGACUUUGGGACUGUCUUGAACCGCCUGUUAGCAGGAGAGUAUGACACUCCUAUGGAUCUUUGUAAAGAUGUACGUCUCAUCUUCAGCAACUCCAAAGCCUACACACCCAGCAAAAAGUCCAGGAUCUACAGCAUGAGUCUGCGAUUGUCCGCUCUGUUUGAAGAACAUAUCAGUUCGAUCCUGACUGAUUUUAAAGCUGCUCAAAGUCUGCACAGUGAGCGAUUCACCCGUCAGCGUCUGCACACGGAGCGCUUGACCAGACAGUCUGUGAAGAGGAGAAGGAGCUCUUCACCUUCAAGCUCCGCCUCAAGUCCAGAAAGGAAGCGGCGGGUCUCCUCACGCUCUGCUCCUCGAUCGGACAAUACAGCGCCGCCCACUCCUGCUGGACCUUCCCGGGCUCCUUCUUUACGGCAAACACAUCCACAAAUCAACGGCAAGGCUGAGCCUCCUGUUGUCCCUGGUCGGACCCGCAGCUCGGCCCGUUUUGGAACCCAACUCACAGAUGCACCCUCUGCACAGUCAGCUCCUCCCCCUCCCGCUGCCCACAGUAAGGUGGCAGAGCCCUCCUCCAGAGUCCUGCGCACACAGAACUCUCACUCCAUUGGUGUCUCUAGGGAAUCAGAGCGCUCUGCGGUUUCCCACAGCAAUGAGGGCGGAGCCAGAGAGUCUCGCAGGAAACUUCGGACACCUGUUAAACUCACACCAGGUCCAGUGGAUCACAACUCUCCUCCUCAGAACAGUUUGCAUUUGAAUGGUCAUAGUCAAGUGACUGUGGGAGUGGUACGAAGAGGCCGGGGCAGACCCAGAUUAGACGCACAAAUACAGACGCCAGUAGUGGUACCGACACCCCCGUUGACCCAGGCCUCUGGAAAAAAGAGAGGGAGGAAAAGCAAGAAAGACCUGGAUUCCCUACGAAGAGACUCCGACCAUGAGGAGGAGCUGCUUCUGUCUACAGGUGAUGAGGGCGGGGCUUCUUCUACAGCCCAGGACAGUAGUCUUUCAGAUUCAGGGGUAGUGACUCCAGAGUGUCCGAAACCACGAGGCAGACCACGAAUCACCAGAACGCCAGAUACUCCACCUCCUUCAAGUCCCAAAACUCUCAGAAGGAGCAGUCGGCGUGGCAAUGAGGAGACCACGCCCCCUACACCAGGCCCUGCCCUAAGGGAAGAGCCUGAAAUUUAUAUGGGAGAGGAUGGGAGCUCGAAAGGGCAGAUGAGAACGCGUAACCAGGGCCGAAGGACAGCUUUCUAUAACGAAGAAGACUCUGAGGAAGAGCAAAGACAGCUUUUGUUUGAGGAUGCCUCUAUUACUUUUGGCACGUCGAGCAAGGGGAGAGUCCGCAAGCUCACCGAGAAGGCCAAAGCCAACCUUAUUGGCUGGUAACAAUGCCAACUUUGCAUGUCCUAUGCGACACAAGCCCUUAUCCUCGCCCUGCUGGGGAGGGGGAACCAUUCCUGCUGCUAUCAGACUGUCAUGAUUAUCUGAAUCUUUCAUUCUGACUCUCUAAAUUGAUUAUCACGUUUUGAAUCUUUGACUCUUUUGGUGACUUCAAGAGUCACAGCCCCUUGAAAUCCCCCAACUUAUACAUUUUCUUCCACAGAAAAAUCACAAAUGCAGUUAAAUACUGAUUUUCAUAUGCACUAUAUUUGAAUGCCAGUGAAGAAAGGUACUUACACAGUCUUAUGAAUCCAAAUACCUGAUUUCAUCUCUCAAGAAAUGGUUGAGUGUGUGUGUGAGAGUGUGAAAUAACUUGAGCUUUUACUCUGUCUUGUUUCUUUAAACUGUUAAUUUUAUGCAUUGUUUUUACACAGUUGUUGCUAAGGGCAACAAAUCAAACACUUGUUAAAAAAAAAGUCUAUUUUUAACAGAUCAUUGUGUAAGUGGCUGUAAAGCUGUAGUGGAGUGCAGAGAAGGGCCUCAUAAAUUUCCCGUGUUGUCUUUUUAACGUCUUUCUCUGCAAGUCAAGAUCAGUGGCAGUGGUAAUUCACGCAUGUUUUUAUAUAAUUAGCAAUACCUUGUGCCUUUUCAUACGUUCAAUACAUUACGGCUCCUUUGUACUCCCCAAUUUGUGUGUGAGUGUGUUUGAUGCUUUAACGUAUUGAUUAAUUCAGUACAAACGUGUGUUAUUGAUCUGUUGUUAUGAUAGAGAUUAGUGAGCAGCAUAUCUCCACAUGACCACUGUGUGUGUGUGCGUGUGUUGAGUUCAUGCAGUUGUUGAGGUGUGUGUUAUAAUAUUGACAUCAUUACUCCGUGCCUGUUUUAUCGGGCUCCCAGAAUGCACUGUGAUCCCUAACUAGAACCAUGACUUAUAUAUAUUUAUAUACAGUGACCGCAAAAAGUGUUUUGGCACCUAAGCCACAGUUUUAAAAUGUCUGAAUGUCAUUGCAUUAGAGAAUGAAAUGUAAAUCAGAGGGCAUCUGCAAACAAAUGAAGGUAUUAAGGUCUUAAAACAAGCAACACCUUCAUUUGGAGGCUUUACUCAACAAAUAUUAAUAUGCAGUAUACAAUACUGUUCUAAAGUUUGGGAUCUGUAAGAUUUUUUUUUUUUCAUGUUUUUGAAGUCUUUUAUGUUCACCAAGGCUACCUUUUUUCUUUCGUCCAAAAAUACAGUAAAAACGGUAAUGUUGUGAAAUAUUAAAAUUUAAAAUAUCUGUUAGCCUAUAUUUUAAUAUAUUAUAAAAUGUAAUUAAUUUAUUUCUGUGAUGCAAAGCUGAAUUUUCAGCAUUAUUACUCCAGUCUUCAGUGUCACAUGAUCCUUCAAGAAUUCUAUGGGGCUGUUUACACGACACCAUUUUCAACCUAAAUUGAAAACUUUUUAUGCAUUUUAGCCGUUCAUUUACACGAAAACGUGUUUUGGUGGCCUGAAAACGGAAACUUUUGAAAACGGGUUUCAAAGUGCAAGUUCUUGAAAACUGUCUCCGUGUAAACAACAAAAACGCCUAUCUGUGAAAACGAUGACGCCAUGCACAUGCGCAUUACAUGUUUAGUCUAUAGUAGCUGCGUCCUCCGGAGAUCGCGUUUGAAAGCUGCAUACGUCAUUGAGGCUGUCUCAUUUAAGAAAAGUAACCGUUAGAUUGCAAAGUAAGAAAGAACUUACAGUAUUUUACACCUCAAGAGGAAUAACAGUCAAUUUUAUUACGGUUACUUUUCUUAAAUAAGACAUCCUUUACAUAUGCAGCCUUUAAAUGCGACCUCCGGAGGAUGCAGCCUCCGAAAUGAGAUGCAGAAAUUAGGUUUCAUCGCCAUCUAAUGGCCUGCCAGCAGAAUACAGCAUGUCAUUUUCACAGAUUCGUGUGAAUGGGGAUCGUAUUGACAGCGGUGUCGUCUGUACGCGGAAAACUCAAAGGAAAAACUUUUAUUUUUUUAAAGAAUAUCCUUGCAGUGUAAACGUACCCAAAGUGCAAGUUUUUGAAAACGAUACCAUUGUCAUCUAAACUGCAAAAACGCGAAUCUGUGAAAAUGGUGAUGACGUGCACAUGCGUAGUACGUAUUUAGUCUGUCCACCUUAUUUGUCAACGCGGAAGUAAGGUGUUUCUGUGAAUGUGCGAGACUUCCGAUUUAUUAGCCGCUAUAUGAAUAAUGAGAACAAUAUCAAAGUGCAGUAAACUAUAAAAAUAAGGUGGAUAGGCAUGCCCGUUUGGUGCGAGUGCUCUGAAUAAGAAUGCGUAUGCGCAGGCGCGUAAUCUUUCUUUACAAAGUGACAUCGCCAUCUACUUGUCUGGCAUGCGUAAUGCAGCGUUUUAUCAGGAUUCUUAAAGUUAGAUUAAAAAGUUAAAAAGACCAGAAUUUAUUUGAAGAACAAAAUUACUGACCCAAACCUUUGAACAGCAGUGUACAGUUAAUUGUGAUUAAUUGGAAAAUAAUGUGAUUAAAUUAAACUAAAUAUAAAAUUACAAUUAAACUUUAAUUCAAAUGACAGCCCUACUUUGAGGUGAUUUUUAGUGGAUAUUCCCAGUGUUCACUCAGGUGUCCUAGCAGAAUAACUACCAACACGUUAAACAACCAUAAAAUGUCCAAAUAUUGCUUAAACAUUUGCUUUCUUUAAAAUGGAUGCCACUUAGUUUGAUAUUUUGAUAUUUCAAUUCAAUGUCAUUAAUACAUUUUUAGAUGUUUCUCAAGUGUCCAAAUACUUUUGACGCCACUGUAUAUUCUUACAAACCACUAUUGACAGAGUUAUUAAUAUGUGUGUAGCGACGUUCAUUGCCUCACGUUUUCAACACUCUACCUGUAGUUUCAUCUAGCCCGGAGAGCAGGCCUCUUUUAAAACUCAUUGAAUUACCGUGGAACUGCUCAUUUCAUUAGCCUCAUCACAUUGGAACACUGUGUUUGAAAUUUCCCAUUCUGAUGCAUCGACUCAGUAGAAACCACAGGGCAGCGAAUCACACAAGAGGCAGUGUGCAUGUCGUAUUCUGUGUUUUGAAUGUGCCUUGACUUUUUGUGUGUAUGUACGUGUCUGUGUGAUGUACAACUAAAGAAUUAAGGUAUUGUAUCCCACCUUAAAGUCCGGACUCACAUAUGCAGCGUAGUCUUUUAUAAGGGAGGCACUCGGUCUGGUUUGUUGCCAUGUGAUUUUGUAGGUUCUUGCGUACUCUCAGCAGUUGUGGUCUGGGUGAUCCAUUACGACAGAGCUAAUCCAGCCCAUAGCUUUAAAACUGGUUUGCUGAACCAAAGCCUUUGAAUGUGUUUGGUUGUGGAAUUUUAUGUACGAGACUGUUUGGUGGGUAUGUAUGUGGCUGUUUUAUAUGCAGGUGACGCAUGUCUGAGUCCAUUUCUGUAUUUGUGUUUAUGUACAAGCCCCAUGUUUUAUUGAGCUGGUGUUUAUAAUCUGUUGCUACAUGAAAUCUGUAUUAUAUCUGACUCACCACGACCCCUCUAUUACCACCAUACUGCACAGGAAGUGACAUCGUACGGACUGUUUGACAGGUUUCAGAGGGGAGAUCAAAGAUGGAUGCAUGUUAGUAUAUUCUCCGGUCUUUUAAAUCUGAAGGUACAGUCAUGUUUGUGGGGUCAGGGUCUUUUUUUCCCCUCUCCGGUCUUAUAUCCUCAGACUGAGAGGUCUUUCUAUGUUAGUUUGUAUACUUUUAUAUAAAGGAAAAAGUGUAAAUAAAGACGUUAAAUAGAAUGUAUGUGUAGGGUGUACUGCUGUCACAUUAGUUCAUACUGAUAUUUUAAGGAAAUAAACAUUUGUGUUUCCACAAAA